AUGUCUACGCCGCCAGAUGUUGACUCGACAUGGUGGGGCAAUGUCCCUUCGCUGUCAGACCUGGGAUACGGCUCGGAGGAGCUGCGCGAAGCGGAGGAGUCGCGGCGCCGCUCCGCGGUGCCCUGGCGCGGUGGGGAGAGCUGCGCGCUGGCGAGGCUGCAGGCUUUCAUUUGGGAGCGCCGGGCUCUGAAGCAGUAUGUGGGCACCACGGACUGGACGGCCAGCGGCAAGUGCACCGCGUCUAACGACCAGACCUCGAAGUUGUCUCCCUACUUGGCCUUCGGCUGCCUGUCUCCCCGGCUCCUUUACUGGGAGAUCCAGCGCUUCGAGAAGAGCGACCGAUGCAAGGGCUGCAGAGGCUUGGUGAACUCGCUGCUCUGGCGCGACUUCUACCGCUUCAUCGUCCACUAUGCCUGGGGGAACCGGACCAUGGACUGCAUCUACAAUUUGAUGUAUCAUCUCUUCGGUCCCAUGAGCUGCGGCUCCCUUCCGGGCGGCCACAAGACGCCGACCCAGCGGCCACUCGUCCCAAGAGCCGUGGUGCCUGGCAUGUGGAGGGGCAUCGUGGGAGUUGUUCUGCGUGCGUGGGGCUGUUGA